UCUACUAUAUCCCCUGAGAGGUCCACACUCUAGUCCCGUCCUUUCGCCUUCAGAAAUGGACAUGCGGGACGUGUCCCAUCGGCCUCUUCAAACUUCAAACAUGUCACGCACGGGCCAGAGUUCCCCGCCUUCACUGGAAUCGGCUGACAAUUCAGCGAUAAAACCAAUCCCACCCUGCGCAAUACUCUCCAUCUACAUCCAAUCUCUCUAACUUACCAGCGAGAGCAUAAUAAAUUUGCGAUUCCACUCAAAAAUGGAGUCUCGUGACACUGAGGUCCAGCAGCAACCACGAGUGAGUAGCGACGAUGAGAAGCAUGUUGGUCAGGUUCCUGGUACAGAUCACGUUGACCUCCAAGAUAGUGCAACUGCAAAGAUCAAGAAUCCCCUGGCCCAUCUGUCAAACGAGCAGGUGAUCAAGGAUGUGGAAGAGUUUGCCAAAGAAAACGGCUUCCAAGAUCUGACAGGCCUUCUGGUCAGGGGUGCUUUGGUCGCAAAAGACCCCCCAGCUUUUGAAUCAGUUCCCGACCUGACCGAACCCGAAAAGGAGGCCAUCCGCAAUGAAGUUUUGCAUAAAUGGCGUCAGCCCAAAUCUUUGUACUUUACCAUCAUCCUGUGUUCAAUUGGUGCUGCAGUGCAGGGCUGGGAUCAAACCGGUUCCAACGGCGCCAACUUGUCCUUUCCUGACGCUCUGGGAAUCCCCGUCUCUUCAACUGUCGAUGGCCAACCCAAUCCUGAAGCCGCACGAAAUCAAUGGUAUCAAGGCCUGAUCAAUGCCGGCCCAUACAUCGCCUCUGCCUUUCUUGGAUGUUGGUGCUCAGACCCUCUGAACAAGUAUUUUGGACGACGAGGAACAAUCUUCGUCUCUGCAGUCUUCUGCUUCUUGGCACCUAUUGGUAGUGCUGUCGCUCAAACUUGGGAACAAUUACUUGUCACUCGUUUACUACUAGGUAUAGGGAUGGGCUGUAAAGGCUCCACUGUCCCCAUAUUCAGCGCCGAAAACGCACCAGCCUCUAUCCGUGGCGCUCUAGUCAUGAGCUGGCAAAUGUGGACGGCAUUUGGCAUCUUCCUGGGCACGUGUGCCAAUCUCGCUGUUAAAGAUACUGGUUCAAUCUCAUGGAGACUACAAUUUGGCUCUGCGCUUAUUCCAGCAUUGCCUCUGUUAAUUGGUGUAUACUUCUGUCCAGAAUCUCCUCGUUGGUACAUCAAAAAUGGCCAGUACCGAAAAGCAUUUCGCUCACUUAAAAGACUGCGCAACACAGAGCUACAAGCUGCUCGUGACACGUAUUAUAUCUUUGCACAGCUGAGAAUGGAGGCCUCUUUGGUCAGCAAGAAUAGUAAUUAUGUCUCCCGCUUCAUUCAGCUUUUCACCAUCCCUCGAGUUCGACGUGCUACUCUGGCGUCCUUCACUGUCAUGAUCGCUCAGCAGAUGUGCGGAAUCAAUAUCAUUGCAUUCUAUAGCUCAACGGUGUUUGAGCAAGCUGGUGCCUCUGUCACCGAAUCACUACUGGCCUCCUGGGGUUUCGGUCUCGUCAACUUUGUCUUUGCCUGGCCAGCCAUUUGGACCAUCGACACUUUUGGUCGUCGCUCUCUUCUGUUGUUCACGUUCCCACAGAUGGCAUGGACUCUCCUAGCUGCUGGACUCUGCUACUUGAUUCCUGAGAGUAACACUGCACACCUUGGUCUCGUUGCUCUGUUCAUUUAUCUUGUGGGUUGACCUAAGAAUUACAAGAGAAUCUACACUGACCCAGCCUAGUUUGCCGCCUUUUACUCUCCAGGAGAAGGCCCCGUUCCAUUCACAUACUCUGCUGAGGUUUUUCCUCUCUCUCACCGUGAAGUUGGCAUGGCAUGGGCAGUGGCAACGUGCUUGUUCUGGGCAGCAGUGCUCUCCAUCACCUUCCCACGGAUGCUGGAUGCAAUGACUCCAACGGGAGCAUUCGGGUUCUAUGCGGGCCUGAACAUCAUCGCUUUAAUCAUGAUCUUCCUUUUUCUACCCGAAACGAAACAAAGGACAUUAGAGGAACUCGACUACAUCUUUGCUAUUCCCACGAGGACAUUCAUGCGCCAUCAAGUGGGUACUGUCCUUCCAUGGUGGAUAAAGACCUAUAUCUUCCGACGAAAGCUUGGCCCGUGCCCUGCUCUAUGGUCGUUCGAAGGCCAUGUUGAUAACGACAAGGAGUUCGUCGAGACCAUUCGCCGCCAGAGCGAAGCUAUGGGCGGACGACGUCGCAGUAGCAUUGCAGACAAAAUCGUGAAUCGAUUUUAGGCCAAUGGAGCCAAGAAACCCGAUUCUGAGGUGGUCUUGGGACCCGGAAUAGGGUGGGUUUCCACUCGUUCUUGUUGGGGGUAUGGUCACAAGCCCGCGAUAAGAGGAGUCCAUGGCUGUUGAGCAGUCCUUCUGAUCUGGAAGACUGAUGUCAAAAGCCAGGACAUGUCCACUCUGCGACGUGUUGGCGGAAGUGUUGAUGGAAGUGUUGUAUGCUGACCUAUGGACAUUCGCUUGAGGAUUGGCAUAAUGCCUCAGGUUAAAGGACGAAACGUCAUUUAGCCACUAUCAGAGCAGCAAUGAUGGCCACGAUAAUUGUGAAGAACAGCUGCGUCUGCGUAGCAGGACCAGCACUAUUCUGCGUUUCAAAUCUCUUCAUAGUGGGCACUUGAUCGGGAACAGGGACUGGCUUUGGUGCCUCCAGUUGUGACACUUGGAGCUCCUGAUUUUCGCUGAUGCCUAGGCUGUAAUUGCCAGCAGAAAAGAGUACCUCGCUCUGUGAAUGGAAUUCUUCGGUGCCGAACUGGAUGGUUCCGAGGUAGAGGUCUGAAGGCAUAAAGUCAAACUGCCAAAGAUAGUGGAUCAAUGGCGAGUAAUCGCCAGAUGCAUGCGUGAGAUUGUGUUCAGGGAGCCAGGAGAAGACAGUUUGGCCUUGGGUGUUGUUACCAUGAAACAAAAAGCUGCACAACAACAGUGUCAGACAACUUGCUACCAUGCAUGAGUGCAUGAGAACAAGGGGGACCAUGAGGACUCACAAUCGGGUGCCGUUGACAAUGAAUUGAUCCUUGUCGGGCGUCGACGUGUCGAUUCCCACGGGGUAGACCCGGUAAGAGUAAGACAUCCAAAUCAUGAUUUCGUAUGCCGGGAGCUCGG